AUUCUCCAUUUUGUUCAAGGGUGGCCGGGGGUAUGAUUGACAGCGUCCCCUAGGUAGAUAAUAGACUCGAUGCGAAUCGCUUUUGCACUGACAAUUCGCAAAACCGUUACCCGUCAUACUCUAAACUAACGAGCGGGCAUCAUCAUGUUUCUAAUAUCAGAACUCGGCCUGGCCGGUACUGGCCUUGCUACUACAGCAAUGCUGGUCAUUAUUGUUGCGUCUAUACUAAACUUCAUAUGGCUCGUGAUAUAUCGUCUAUACUUCUCGCCUUUGGCGAAGUUCCCGGGUCCUCGGCUGGUGGCAGCGACGAGCUGGGUGGAAUUCUACCACAACUAUUGGCGCAGAGGCCAGUAUAUUUAUGAAGUCGAGAAGAUGCACGAUAAAUAUGGCCCAAUUGUUCGAGCAAGCCCCACUCUGCUCUCUAUUCGCGACCGUGACUUCUACAGCGAAGUCUACGUUAUAGGGAACAAGCGGAAAACUAACAGGGACAAUACAUUCGAAGGACUGGAUUUUGAUGGUUCUCAUAUCCUAACGAUCGACCAUGACUUGCAUAGGCUGAGAAGAAAGCCGAUGGAGCCUUUCUUCUCUCGGCUUGGUGUUACCCGUCUGCAGUCUGCAAUCGCCGCCGCAGCGCUGCAGUUGGAAUCCCGCCUUCGGGAGCUCAAAGGCACAAAUACCGUCCUUAGCCUCGAACUUGCCUUUUCCGCAUUCUCGAGCGAUGUGAUUCGAAAGAUUUGCCUCGGAAGCAGUGCGCAGCCUGGUGAAGGCUUUCUAGAUGCCCCUGAUUGGGGUGUGGAUUGGUACAACACGGUCGUGACACUUUCUCUAUCUAUACCAUUACUCACUGCGUUUCCCUGGAUUGUCAAAUCUUUGACUUAUGUCCCCGAUGGAAUUCUUCAACGGUGUUUCCCCGAUGGCACUAUGCUCAAAUCAUUUAAGGCGAAAACCAGAGAGCAAAUCCGGAAGGCAUUGAAUGGCGUUCAGGAAAAGGAUGAUAAAGAAAUAUCUCUGUUUCAUCGUCUAGACUUAGAUGCCACAUCAGAGUCUGAGAGAUCCGAGGAUCGCCUCGCGAAAGAAGCCCAAACGUUGUUGGCUGGCGGCACGAUCAGCGUCGCGCACACUAUCGCAUUUGCGGCGUAUUAUGUCCUCUCGCGGCCCGCGAUUCACCAAAAGCUUACUGAUGAGCUGCGAGAUCCCAUGAGCGAGUGGCCUGAGAAAGUUCCGACUUGGGCUGACUUGGAGAAACUGCCCUACCUACAAGCAGUCAUCAAGGAGGCUUUACGAUUAUCAUAUGGAGUGAUGCGCCCGUUGCCUCGAGUCUCGCCAGACGAACCAAUUCAGUAUAAAGACUGGACAAUACCGGCAGGCGUUUCUGUAGGAAUCGCGCCGUACUUCCUGCACAACGACCCUGAGAUUUACCCCAACCCCAAAAAGUUCCUCCCUGAACGAUGGCUUGGAGACGUAAACCCAGAAAUGCACAAAUCUCUUGUAUCCUUCGCUAGGGGGUCGAGGAACUGUCUCGGUAUCAACUUGGCAUACGCAGAGAUUAGUCUCCUGUUAGCCGCCAUAUUCAGACCCAACGCGCCUAAGCUGGAGCUCUUCGAAACAGACGACAGCGACGUGGUACGAAUCCACGACUAUCAAAUCCCCUUUCCUAGACUGGAGUCGCACGGAGUACGGGUCAUGGUUUCUUAAUUCGACCAGCAUACGUUGUACUAUGAUGAUAAGAAUGAAACUGGAAGCGAAUGAGGUGAUAGGCGAUAGGUUAUUCAGUCUUCCCGAUAACACCCCAAAUAUGAAUCCUUUUCGAUCGCUGUCUAUUGCACUUCCUCGAGUGGUAGAGAUAAGGUUCUCACGGCGGCGGAAUCUACAUAUAAUACUGCAUAUGUACAUAUAAACCUAGGUACAUACGAAGCAGGAUGAACCUGCAGAUCCAGCAGUUGGAAUAAUUGGUCGAUGGGUGCUGGCAGCGGGGUUACGGCCAGCUACAUAAAGCGGACUUCACGGACAACUUGCAUAAUCUCAACGUCAAAGUGCGCUAAUCCGCCCAUGUGAGCGGACUUUAGACCUUGGUACCUACCUUAUGGGAAGACAAAUACUGUCCCCUGGAUACAAUAUUCUAGAUUAAGAUCAAUAGAAGGGAAACUUCCAAGGAAUUUCGUUAGAUCUGACACGACCAUUUAUGAGUCACUCGCCG